AACACUAGCACCGGCAGUGCCCCGCAUCGGGAAGAUGGCAGCCGAGGCCUCCUUGGAGUUCCCGAUCUGGGCGCUCUUACCCAAGAAAGAAACAUGUGUGCCUGUAUUUCUCGGGAAGUACCCAGAGUACGACGGCCGGGGCAUCAAGAUAGCCAUCUUCGACUCCGGCAUCGACCCUGGCGCGCCAGGCUUGCAGGUGACCAGCGAUGGAAAGCCAAAGAUUGUGGACAUGAUGGACGCAUCUGGUGCUGGAGACGUGGACACCUCCAAGGUGGUGGAGGUGCAGGAUGGCUUCAUCACUGGUCUGUCAGGCCGCAAGCUGAAGAUUCCCGAGACGUGGAGCAACCCCAGUGGGAAGUUUCAUGUGGGGCUCAAGUUUGCCUACGAGCUCUACCCAAAGUGCCUCAAGGAGCGGGUUCAGAAGGCAUAUAAGGAGCGUGAGUGGUCCCCGGCCCAUGGUCCAGCUCAAGCCAAGGCUUCCAAGAACUUGCAGGAGCUGGAAGGGAGCCAGGGCACCAAUACUUCACAGCUGAGCCUGGAGCAACGGCUAGAACGUGAGGAACGAGAAGCUCAGGUGGAGGUGUUGGCGAGCCUGGAGAAGAAGUUUGAGGACCAGGGGCCUGUGUACGACUGUGUUGUCUUCCACGAUGGGGCCACGUGGAGGGCAGCUGUAGAUACUUCAGAGCGGGGGGACCUGGCGAGCUGUGCCCUGCUGGGCAACUACAGUGAGACGCUUCAGUUUGCCACCCUCACCAAGGAAGACUGCCUCAACUAUGCUGUCAACAUACAUGAUGAGGGGAACCUGUUGGAGAUUGUUGGGAACUGCUCCACACAUGGCACCCACGUGGCAUGCAUUGCUGCUGCAUGCUUCCCGGGCUGCCCCGAGCGCAACGGUGUGGCCCCUGGUGCACAGCUGGUCAGUGUGGCCAUUGGGGACCUGCGGCUAGGCUCCAUGGAGACCGGCACUGCACUGGUCCGGGCCAUGGUACGCGUCCUCCAACAGGGUUGCCAUCUCAUCAACAUGAGCUACGGCGAGCACGCACACUGGGUUGGAGGGCGGCUGCUGGACCUGAUGCAUGAGGUGAUUGACCGGCAUGGUGUGAUAAUGCUCAACAGUGCAGGCAACCAUGGACCAGCACUUUCAACAGUCAAUGCCCCGAGCACCAUGCCCACUUCCUCUAUUAUUGCGGUGGGAGCUUACGUCUCACCAGACAUGAUGCUUGCCGAGUACUCGCUGCGGGAGAAGAUGCCGGGCCUGGGGUACACGUGGACCUCCCGGGGACCCUCCCCAGAUGGUGACCUAGGCGUGAGUGUGUGUGCCCCCGGUGGUGCCAUCACGUCGGUGGCCAGCUGGACCCUCAAGGGAAGCCAGCUACUCAACGGCACCUCCAUGAGCUCCCCACACGCAGCUGGGGUCGUCGCGCUGUUGCUGUCAGGAAUGAUGGCCCGUGGGCUGGCGUACUCGCCGUACAGCGUGCGUCGUGCCCUGGAGAACAGUGCCCAGCCCACACAGGAUCCCUUCAGCAUGGGACACGGCCUGCUACAGGUGGACCGUGCAUUCGAGCACCUCCUCCAGCAUGGCCAGGGUCCUGAACGGCAGUUCCGGUUCCGGGUGAGCUCUGGCCCCCACCGCCGAGGCCUGUACCUGCGGGAGCCCCAGCAUACAUCCAAGCCCAGUGUCCACACUUUCACCAUCGAGCCUGUUCUCCUCAACGAGGAGCGAGCCGACCCGCUGGACAAGAUUGGCUUUGAGCUCAACCUGAGCCUGGUGUGUGAUGCGACCUGGGUUUCGACUCCUGCAUUGCUCAACAUGACCUACACCUCACGGUCCAUCUCACUCCGCGUGGACCCCUGCAGCCUUGCACCAGGGUCUUACUACACGGCGGUGAAGGCAUUUGAUGUCACCUGUCCCGAAAAAGGCCCAGUCUUUGAGAUCCCCAUCAGUGUCAUCAAGCCCAAGCCGGUGACUGAAGAGGACAACUACCAGUGGCGUGUUGAGAAGCUGACCCUGCAUCCCGGUGUGUCUCAUCGGGAGUUCCUUGUUGCUCCAGUGGGAGCUACCUGGGCCUGUGUACAGCUCAAGUCUCGUGACUCCCAGAAUGUGGCCCACGUGGUCGUGCAUGCGAUGCAGCUGCAGCCAAUGCACUCCUGUGAGACCGCCGAGUUCCAGAAGACUUGCAUGCUGCCUCCCCUGGCAGAAGCGUCACAUGCGUUCGCUGUUGUGGGUGGCUUGACUCUGGAAUUGUGCCUUGCCAAGUGGUGGACCAACCUCGGUGAUGUGGAGGUGGACUGCACGCUCACUUUCUACGGAUUACAGCCCAAUCCCAGCCGGGUGGCCAUGCGUUCCUCGGAAGGAGUGUACCGCUUCGAUGUGACCUCCCAGCUGCGGGCAGAGGAGAUGUCUCCUGUGGCAUGCCUCAAGCAGCAUGUAAUUGUCCUCCGGCCAACAGAGUCGAAGGUGUUGCCACUGGGUGCUCGGGAUGUGUUUCCCGACGGGAGGGUCAUCUAUGAAAUCCAGCUCACCUACAACUUUUCCCUGAGCAAAGCGACGGAGGUGACGCCCAGCUGCAGCCUGCUGUCAGAGUUGCUGUACGAGUCUGAGUACGAGUCUCAGCUGUGGAUGAUCUUCGACACAAAUAAGCAGCUGCUUGCCUCUGGAGACGCCUACCCUGGGCGGUACUCGACCAAGCUGGAGAAGGGCGACUACGUACUGCGGGUGCAUGUGCGGCACGAGCAGAGCGCCCUGGUGGAGCGGCUGUCGGACCUGCCGCUGGAGCUGUCGCACAAGCUGCCCAGUGCCAUCACCCUGGAUGCCUACCGCUCCCAGGGUCAGGCCAUGCUCGCCUCGGGCAAGAAGUUCGCACCCCUCAUGGCACGUCCAGGCACACAGGUGCCCGUCUACCUGGCACCUCUGCCCUGCGACAAACUCCCCAAGGGCUGCAGUGCAGGACACUUCCUCGUGGGCACUCUCACCGUCACCAAGGAUGAGCAGGGCAAGAAAGUGGCGCUGUUCCCGCUGGUGUACCACAUUGGGGAGCUGCCCAAAAAGAGCUCGUCGUCAUCGUGCGCUAAGAACUCGUCUGAGGAGAAGGACCUCGACCAGGAGUUCCACGAUGCGCUACGAGACCUCAGCACCACCUGGCUCACCAAGCUACAGGGGAAGUCGGCAACCAACCUCUUCGAGGACCUCAAGGAGCGAAAUGCCAAGCAUGUACCGAUAUUGCUUGCACGCAUCCAGUCCCUCGAUGGUGACAAGGAGCGCACCCGCUACCUCUCGGACAUUGUGGCCCUUGCAGACGAGGCCUUGGCAGCCACUGACACACUCGAGCUGCUGGCUGCACUAGGGGCACGCUCCGACAAGAAAGACGGCAACAAUAAGCAACAAGAGAAGCAAAAGGCGCAAGUGGUGGAGGCCCUGACUCGCAAGGGUGCCGCCCUUUGUGAGAUCUUCCUCGCACGACAGGAGGCUGGACGAGGCUCUGGCGAUGGGCAACCUGCUAGCCCCUCUGGCGGGUCUCCCCAGCCAGCUGCCGAAAGCGCCACCACAGAAACACCGUCCACAGCAGCAGUCACGACGACAGACGAACAGGGUCCCACGGUGGCCGACCUGAACCGUGUUUAUGCAGAGCUGCUCAAGUGGGCCGACCCUAGUGAUCUCAAGGUGGCGCCAUUUGUGGAGAAGCAUGCCCUUGCACUAGGUCACCCCGGUCGGGCAGCUCGAGUCCUAUUGCGCCUCCUCGAAGACAAGCCUAGCCGGGACAUUGAGCGCCGCCUCGUGCAGGUAUACCAGUUACUAGGAUGGGAGCACUGUAGUCAACAUCUGGAACGCAGCCUGCUAGUACGCUACCCACCAUCCUACAGACUCUUCUGAACUCCAUCCUCCCGUUUUCUGUUGUCUCGUGGCGCACUCGUGAAAUAAAAAUGACAAAAGAACUAGCUUAA